UGUGGAAAAAGCGCAUCUUGACAUUUGAUAAUUCAUCUAUUAGUUUCUUAUGCAGUACUGGUUGAGGUGGGACUGCCUCUCUUUAUAUAUUACGGUAAGGACUUGGCACAUAUGCUGUAAUCUUCUAAGUAAGGGAGCCCAAAAGAAAUUAAGAGAUCGAAAUGGGGAAGCAAGCUUCAGCCAAGGUCUGCGUUACAGGAGGUGCUGGAUAUAUAGGUUCUUGGCUUGUGAAGAAGCUCUUAGAGAAAGGCUACACUGUCCAUGCAACCCUACGAAACUUGGAUGACCAAUUAAAAGUUGGGCUUUUAAAGUCCCUCGCUGGUGCAGACACCAGACUAGUUUUGUUCCAAGCUGAUAUAUACAAACCCUACGAGUUUAGAUACGCUAUCCAAGGGUGUGAGUUUGUGUUUCACGUCGCUACUCCACAGCAAACUGCUGGAAGUUCUCAUAGCUCUCAGGAAAUCGUUGAAGCAGCUAUUUCAGGAGUAAGGAGCAUCGCUGAGUCCUGUAUCGAAUCGCAAAGCGUUAAACGGCUUAUCUACACUGCAUCGGUGCUGGCAUCCUCUCCAUUGACAAAAGAUGGAUUCCACCUCAAAUCAUGCGUAAAUGAAUCCAAUUGGACUCCAUCUGAUAUUAUAUUUACCCAUGGCUUUGAAUAUAUGCGGGUAUUCUCUCUCUUUCACUCUAAUUCUUUCCAUUUCCAAUUGCCAAAAACAAGUCCAAAUGACCGUAUUAAUUGCUGUGAGGCAUAUACUAUAUCGAAAACCUUAGCGGAGAAAGAGGCACUAAGCUAUAACGAAAAUCCUGGAGAUGACAAGCUAUUAGAAGUUGUAACUCUAGCCUGUGGCCUUGUGGGAGGAGAGACUCUACUGCCGUACGUGCCUUUAAGCGUGGAAGUGAUGUUUUCGCAACUUAUUGGCAAACCACAAACUUUCGAGGGACUAGAAUUGAUGGAAGAGGUAAUGGGAUCUGUUCCUCUGGUGCAUAUCGAAGACGUCUGCGAUGCGCAUAUCUUCUGCAUGGAGAAACCCUCCAUGAGAGGAAGAUUCCUUUGUGCAGCAGCUAACCCAACCAUUAGAGAAAUGGCAACAUAUUUUCGAGAAAACGAGUCGCAAUACCAGGUGCCAGAAGAGUUCAUGGGAGGAGAAAAGAAAGGCAUUGCAUUUGACUCCAGCAAAUUGGUGAAGAUGGGUUUUGAGUACAAAUACGACAAGAAGAAAAUAUUAGAUGAUAGUGUAAACUGUGGGAGGCGACUAGGGUCUAUCUCUCUCAAUUAGUAGAUUAAUUCAUGGCCUCAAAGAAUAUCAUGAUCAAGAUCAAUUGUCAUGUUUGAUUUACUAUAAUUAAAUAUUUGCGUUAGAUCACGAAUAAUGCAAAAACAUUAUAUAUCAUUUCGAAAGAAUAAAAUAUAUAAAUUUAUAUAUGGACGAACACCUUUAAUUUCUUGUAAGAUCAGUUGGCCAAAUCUUGGCUUCAUCUUCCGUAGCUAAUUUUAUUGGUGAUUUAUUUGUUUCGACCAGUUGGUUGAUCUCUCCUAUUUGUAUUUAUGCUGUCAAGGUUUUAAAUCAUAUAUAUAAUAAAAUGACCUCCUCCAAUUUAGUCUUUUAAAA